AUGGCUCUCGCCGAUGAAUCCAACCGUAUCGUCGAACAGUUCGAGUUCCCUGAUGAGGAUCUCAACCGCCAUGUGAAGGAAUUUUUGAGGCAAAUGGACGAGGGCCUUCAGAAAGAGGGCACCAGUCUCCAGCAGAUCCCUACCUACGUCACCGGCGUUCCCAAUGGCACAGAAAAGGGCCUUUACCUGGCUGUCGAUCUAGGGGGCACAAACUUCCGAGUCUGCUCCAUUAUGCUCAAUGGCGACACCACCUUCAACCUCACUUACAACAAGGUUGCCAUCCCCAAAGAGCUUAUGGUCGCGAAGACGUCCUCAGAACUGUUCUCUUUCCUUGCCAAGCAGAUCGAAAUUUUCCUGAAAGAGCACCACGCCGAUCACUUCAACUCGCACUUGCGCCGCCGUAACACUUCCAGCGCCCCUUCCGGAUAUCGAGAUGAGCACAUUUUCCGCCUGGGCUUCACCUUCAGUUUCCCCGUUAAACAGCUUGCCAUUAACAAGGGUCUGCUGAUUCGAUGGACUAAGGGAUUUGACAUCCCAGAUGCUGUAGGCAAGGACGUAUGUGCCCUGCUUCAGACUGAGAUCGACAAUCUUCACCUCCCUGUCAGGGUUUCUGCGCUUGUCAAUGACACAGUCGGUACUCUCAUGGCCCGAUCCUACACCUCCACUGGCAAGAGCCGCUCUGUUUUGGGCGCCAUCUUCGGUACUGGCACCAACGGUGCUUACAUGGAGAAGCUUGAUAACAUCAAGAAACCCAUCACAGGCGAGUUUGACCAGUCAACGGGCGAGAUGGUUGUCAACACUGAGUGGGGUUCGUUCGAUAACCAACUCAACGUUCUGCCCACUACACCUUGGGAUAAAGCUCUCGAUGCUGGUAGCGUAAACCCCGGUGAUCAGAUGUUUGAAAAGCGCGUAUCGGGCAUGUUCCUGGGCGAGAUCGUCCGACUGGCGGUUGCCGACAUGAUCAACAACGAGAACUCGUCCCUCUUCAAGGAUCUCAACUCGAGCUUCAACGACUGGGGUACCACUACUAACAUUGCCCCUACUUCUGGUUUUCUCAAGCCUUGGGGACUCGAUAGUGCCAUUAUGUCUGUAGCCGCUGCCGACAAUACCCCUGAGCUGUCGACUCUUCGCCAGGAGCUCGAGAACUUGCUCAACGUCUACACCCCUUCACUUGAGGACGCACAGGCUUUCAAGGCCGUUUCCAAUGCUGUCGGUCGGCGUGCCGCUCGCCUUUCCGCCGUCGCCAUUGGUGCUAUUGCCCUUAACUCUGGAAAGCUCGACGACAUCAACGAGGAAGUGAUCGACAUUGGUGUCGACGGCAGUCUCGUUGAGCACUACCCAUUCUUCCGCGAUAUGAUCUACGAGGCCCUUCGUUCGAUUGAAGGUAUCGGACCCAAGGGUGCUGAGAAGAUCCGAAUCGGCAUUGCCAAGGAUGGCAGCGGUGUCGGUGCUGCCCUUAUUGCUCUUGUGGCUGCCAGCAGGGAGAAGCCUGAGGAUUACCUAACUGACCUGAGGUCUGAGUCCAACCGCGCUCGCAAGUCUUCUAAUGCGAUCCUUGAAUCAUCUCCAGUCUCGAACCAGGCCCUGCUAGUCGGUGGCGCCGUUGGUGUCCUUGCGCUAGCAGCCCUAUGGUAUAGCAAGCGCCGAUAA